AUGAACCGUAACCGAACGGUCUCAUCCUCAGCAAUAACUCGUGCUGUUAGUGAUGCGGCCGCCAAUGAUUUUACAUCGGCCAUAGAAACACUGGUCACGGCAAUAUCGCUAAUUCGUCAAAGUCGUGUUGCGAAUGACGAUCGCUGCAAAGUACUGGUUUCGUCAUUACAGGACACUUUAAAUGGAAUUGAGAACAAAUCGUACAACUCAUCAGCGCGUAAGCAUCGAUCAACUCGUGAUCGUUCACGCUCACCGUCGGAGCGUUCUCGAAAGCGGCAUCGUCGCUCAUCGCGAAGUCGAUCACGUUCGCGCGAGCGUUAUGAUUACUCGCCGCGGCACUCGUCUUCAUCAGGUCGUCGCGCCUAUUAA